AAUAGAAGAUAAAUCACCGAGGAAGAACAACACAUAAGCCCAUACAAGAACAGAGUCGCACUGGGUUUCGGGUUGGCUUUUUCACAGAGUUUCGUUUACUUAUUCAACGUACCGGUAGUAUUGGUUAUACGAAAAUCAAAUCAUGUGGAAAGGAGUUGUAAGAUUGGUUUUGAUCUGGUUCGCUUUAGGGUUCGCUACUGCAGAGGACGCGCAGUGUCCGAUAAGAAAGGAAUGCAUGUGCGAGUUCUCAAACGACGCCGACGGCGGUGAGGAUAUGGCCGCGACUGCGAGCUCCAAGUCGGAGAUUCUGGCAGCGGCAGCCGGCGCAAUGAGCCCGCUGCUUGUCGGAGGGGCAGCCCUGGGAAUAUACAAGCUGGUAAAGAAAAGCAGUGAUUCGCCGGGACUCGACCGCCAGGACUCUAACGUGUCCGAUGCGCCGGCGUACAGCAGUCGCAAAGGUUCCCCGGCCGUGCCUAGGCAACACUAGACGGGGCAUAUCUUAAGCGAGAUGAGCCGGGAAGCAGCCAGACGUCAUUUCGUUGGAAUAACAUCUUGUGCACUUCACUGAACCAAAAUAUUUAAGAUACAGUUUUUUGUCAUUAUUGGUUGGAAACAUGCGAUUUACAUCUAUGUUUAAGUUAUAUGUGAAUUUUAUAAUUCUUGUACAAUGGCAGACAACCAUUCGCCUGAAUGCGGACAUGAAAUGAUUGUAAAACUAAGCAAAACUUACAGAUAAGAAAAACGAAACAGAGCAAGUAUGUAACGGCGAAAACAACAGCGUAAAAAAUCGAUUUUACCUUAAAUUAAUCGUCAUUUGAAAAUACAUAUAUUUAUUUUAAAAUAAGCAUUAUUGUUUGAAAAGUUAAUUAAAAACAAAUCAGGUCUGCGUUUUAUAGCCAAAUAGGUAUAUAAAUUUUCGCUGUGGGAAAUGAAUUAUAUAAAAAGGUAUUUUUUUUAUAAAUUCAACGCGUUCUACUCUACAAGGAGUCAUACCCUAGACUUUAAAAUCGCUUAUAACUUAAAAGGCUCUAUAAAGGUGACGAUCCAUAAUUAUUUACCCAUUUUUAAAUAUUUUUUUCAUAUUGUAUUUAUAAAGGUUAUCAAAAAACAAUAUAUAUAUAUAUGCUAUUGGACAUUACCAUAAAAAACGAGCAAUACAACUUGUUUUGAGCUCAAAAUACAGUGUCCUCCAAGUCAAUUGUGAGUUUAUUCACAUCGCUGUUUACUUGGGAAAGUGACUCAGGUUACCAAAAAUAUAUUGUUGAUUUUCAACGUUUUCCGGUAUCACUCACAAAGUAGGUCUCUUCUAAAUGGUUAAAACGUUUGUAGUGAUCUAAUAAGUUACCUUCUGCUGGUAAAAAGUGGUUUAAAAUAGAAUUACAAUUUAAUUUUCUUUCGGCUUUUUUUAGCAUGUGUUACCGCUCUGAGGCUACACACCACGUUAGUUGCAAAAAUGUAACCAUUUCUUCCAAUUAUGAAACGGGUAUAUCUUCCAUAAUUCUUGACAACGUUGCACCUAAGCUGUGUUAUAAGCAUUUUUUUAUGCGAGAGUAACUGAAAUCCGGUUAAAAUUAGACCAGUUUAUAUGCAUAAUAAUUGGAUUUGUCACCUUUAUAGGGCCUUUAAAGUUAAUCGUAAAUAUAUUUUAAUUCAAAGUGGAUAAUUAUAUAGUGUUUACUUGAAUCCUGAUUCAUUUUGUCAUUUCAUUUUUUUAAUGAUAAAUGUGUUGAAGAAUUAGAUGUUUAAAGAACCUUUUUAAUUAUCUUUCAUAAAAUUCAAGUCUUGUAUUAGAACAUGUGAGCCGCGUUACGCGAAAAUGGGUCUUAUUACAAUCACGCAUAAACAAGCUCUGCGCAGUCUGGUCAAAAGCUUAGUGGUCCGCUUUAAGUUAACGUAAGGUUUGGUGGUCUCAAAAGCGGGCAGGGUAGCUACUGGCCAGACUGCGCGAAUGCCCAGACUGGUUUGGAACUACGCUUGCUGAAAAUGUCAUAAGAUACAUUUUGCAUGACGCGGUUCAAUAACAAGAUGUUAACUUCCACUAGACAAACGUCUUCGUUUAUGAUUUGUUUGUGAUUGUAUGCUGUCAAAUUAAAUGUCAUCCCGAAUUUUGUUAAAAAUAGUUAACUAAAAAAUUACAUACAUGUAAUAAUCUUUCUUUGUAUUGUUAAACGUGUAUUACAAUGUCAUAUCUGAUUUAUGCAUACAUGUAUUUGGAUCUUUUACACAUGUUAACUUGAGACUUCUAAAAAUUACAGAGCUAUUAUUACAAAUUAUAUUUUAUAAUAAUCGUGGCAUACAACUGUCUUACGACAACCACAUUACGUUUACGAUAACUAUCAAGUUGACAAGUUCGUGUCGAUACUUAUUUAUUGCGAUAUUUGCAUGAAUAUUAUUUUUGACGUAUUUGUGUUCGAUCAUAAAUAAUUACACUGAGUGGCAUAUUCGUGCCAAGAACUGAAAAAACAACAUUUUCUUGGGUUUGCUAGGUCUUCAAACAAUCUAAAUUAUUUCCACAUCAGUGUGCUUAUACUAACAUUAUAACGAAAUAUGAUUAUGUGACCCGUGAAUUUAGCCCGGGGUGCUCUGAAAUAUUUUGCUAACGUUAAAUAACGUAUCUAUUCCAAUCACUUGCUAAGGUUUGUGAACAAAUUAAAGUUUAAAACUUUGCGAUCGUAAAAAAGGUGUCCAUAUAAUUUUUACGACAAAUAUCUAAUAAGUUAGUCCACGUUUGAGAGUACUAAUAAUAGUCUUAUUUAUUUGGUAACGUAAACCUUCACACGUUGAUAUUACUUCUAAUAUGUAUGUUAAGUUUGUGUCUCUUUAAGUCAAGAAUUGAGCAGAAAAAAAUCAGAAAACUAUCGCGAACACAAUCCUAAAUAUAUAAUCACGAUACGGAAGUGAUCUAAGCGUGUAACGGUAUUGCGAAACGUAUAUGGGUAUUGUAAGGCACAUAUAUGCCACCUUAUAAUUGAUACGGCAUUUCAUCUUGUUCUAUAAUUAUAUAACUCAUUGUUCAAUCCCGCGCGCGGGUUCCGGCACGAACGGAACAGUACUGCGACUGACAAUUUUUUCAGUCAGGUUAAUAAAUAUAAUAAAGCUUUAUUUUAUGUAGACCUUUUAAAAUCCAUUUUACUACAAUUGGACAUUUUUAUUAAAAUUAAUGGAUGCAACGUGGUGACAACGUUAAUUAAAAUGUCUUACAUCACUUAAAUAUCUUAUAAAAAUACACGUGUUUUUAUAUUAACAAAUAAAUGCAAACAACACAUCUAUUA